UUUGUUGUAUCGUUUUGAAUCGUUGGCAGAAUCGUAAAAAGUAAACAAAAACAAAAGCAGAAUCAAUGAUCGAUGUGCAAAAAAAAAAUGUUUGGCGUUUAAAUUAACAGUUAAUCAUCUCGCGUGUGAGCUAAGCUCGAGUAGGUGAUCGGAAGAUGCCUAAGAAUCGGGAAUCUCCAGUGACAUUUGCGUUUUAAAUGUUGGCGAGAAUGCGGGCCUGCGGCGCUGCGGAUGGUUACGAUGCUAUUGGUCGCCCCACUAUCCGAGCAGCUGAGUUCUGUCAAAACAUUCAGUGUUUGUUUGCUGCGCAAAGGAAAACAAAAGGUUGCAUGGAGGAAUAGUCGGAUAGCGAGCAUAGGUUGUAGUAUUUUUCGUUAUUGGAAGGUCUUCAGUGUUAGGUGAGGACAGACGAAGGUGUCCAAGAUCAUGGUGGGUAUUUCGGACUCCGUAAAGCAGAAUAUCUGCGCAUAUAUCCUGCAGAGAUAUUGUGGAAAGUACUUCGAGAAGAAGAUAACCAGGAAUCAGCUGUCUCUGGAAAUCUUAACAGGCACAGGCACCGUCGAAGAUAUCAGCCUGAACAUUAAGGCUUUGAAUGAGGAGGGGAAAAAGUACAAUGUGCCCGUGCAAGUCGUCAAUGGACAUAUUGAUAAAUUAACUUUUACAGUACCAUGGACUUCAAUACUUUCAGAAUCCACGUUAAUCGAAGUCCACGGGACUGUCCUCACAGUCCAACCAAAUGAAAGGCCUGAGAAUGUCGCUUCGAUGUUCGAAACAAUGUGGAGUUCGAUGACAAGUUCAAUGCAGCUAGCACAGGAAUGCCUGCAGAAGGAUGCAGAGACGGAGAAUAACUCACGACCGAUUGAAUGCGCCGACGUGUUUUCCCAAGUCGUUGAUUACAUCAAGCGUCGGAUCAAAGUGAAAUUUGUAAACACUGUCAUACUACUGGAGCAUGUUCCUAAGCAUAGUUUAAGCGGCGUCGGUUUGGGUAUUAAUAUAGACCUUUUUGAGUAUUCGGACUCUGCCGGUGAUGAUCCUACGACCGGGGAAGACACUGACACCGAGCAGAAUAAAGGCUUCGUGGAGACAUCGUUCACAACACAUAAUUUAAACCUUGAUGGUGUAACGUUAAGCACGAUAGAGUUUGGGAGCGAAUUCCAGACUUUCUCCGAAAAAUAUAAGCAAUUCUGUGAUAAGAAUGAAAAAUUGGCGGAAAUGAUGGCCAAAUCAAGUCUGAGCGAGGAGUAUAUGGCCGUGAAUCGACACGUGAUUCCGUUCGGAAAGUUCGAAGGGAGGCAGGAAAUCAGGCUGCGAACGAAGAAAAGUAAGGAUAUGGAAGGUCCUGAGGUUUCCAUCGAUAUCAAUCUUGGAGCAUUAAGUUUAUUCAUGUCUCCUCGACAAGUGUACGUUUUAGCGGAAUUAAUUAGCGGUUUAAGUAGUAACGAUGCACAAGAUUCAAGUUGUUUGAAUGUGAAACAGAAAAACAUAGAAAAACCUAUGACCAAUUUAGAUUAUCAAAGGGUGGAGGAGGACUUGCAGCACCAGAUCCAUCCAUCGAACACGUUUCAGGCUCCUGGUUUGCAAGGAAUCAGAGGAUGGUCGACGGGAAAUCUAGAUGAGAGCGAUACCGAAGAUAAUUUUCUGCCGAUGCAACCAAGCUCGAGUGGUAUGAUGUACGAGAGUACUACAUCUAAUAUCAGCAGCAGUAGCAUGGAGUCAAGUCUGAGCUCGAGUAUAGCGAGUUCAAUGAGCGAGGCGACGACAAAUCGCUCCCGUCGUCGGACGAAUAACAUUGCUUUCGAUCCGACUGCAGAGAUUUCGCACUUCCAGAUCAAAUUAGCCUCGAUAGGUUUAGUUGUUUUACACGAAGAUUUGCUUACGUUGAGCACGGACAGCACUUUGCUCGUUUCGAGCGUGAAGCAGAUGCAGAAUAUAUCUAAUGAAUUCUUGACAAAAGCAGGUCGAAUUCGGUUGGUGACGUAUGGUAAGAAAACCUUUAAAGACAUUGCGAAAGCUUUCGAUAGGGCAUGUGAUCUAAAUCAGCUGAGGCUGCUGGCAUGUCCAAUACAGAUCGAGUGCAAUCAAACCAAAACCACGUCACAGUUCUCUUUAUGCGGUAAAGUGACUAUAUCAAAAAUUGAAUUAUAUGAGUCUCUGAAACAAGAUGAUAAAAUGGAGCACAUCAAAAUAUGGAAUUUCUCCGAAAACACGAGUGUCGCUAAGCCCUCCUUCAAAAUGAACUUUAAGCAUAGCGAGAAGACAUUGAAGAUGGGUCUAGCUAAACGGUUAUUUAUUCCCAAAACAGAUAUAAACAUCACAUUGGAUCCUUGUAUCUUUGAGAUAGAUAUUACUUUGAUGGAUCGAAUCAGCACCUUGCUGAACUCUGCACCUGUGUGUGUCAUCCAAAAACCUAAAGAGGAAUGGGGUAAACGAGAUACUACCCUGGAGGAUAUAUCCACCGUGACGACAACCACCGAAUCACAAUUGGAUGUCAAAGUGUCUUCGGAUCAGCUGGUUGUCAAAUUGCGAUUUCCGAUUCCUGAUUUUCGGUCGGCUAAUGAUCCCCUGAAAUCGCCCUGGUGGAAGCGAAACGUUCGCGCGAGCUUCCUAACACUGCACAUGACUAAAUUCACAGGGAAUACGUCCCUGCACACGGAUCAGGUUUGCCAAAAAUACGCGAUGCAGGCGAAGACAAUUGAUAUUAAUUAUCACGAAAAAGAGGGCGCGAUUCCUUUGCACAUCGCCAAGGUCGCGGUGGACGAGAGGAUGUGCAUGCAGGAUGGUUUCAAUUUUCCGAGAUUCGUCCUGAUGGUUUAUCCUUUGGCUAAAGAUGAGGUAGUUUUGGAGGAUGAGCCGGAGAUUGAUCUAAUGAAUCAGUCGUGUUACGGCAGUUUAUACACGGAACCAUCCAGUAACGGACCAUUCAGCUGUAAACGUGUUAUACACGAGAGCGAUACACCUCACGCGAAGAAAGAUGACGAGGAAAUGGUUAUUCCGGGAGAUAAACAUGAGAUCUCUGAUUUUAUUGAGACGACGACGCGUUCGUCGCGGAUACAACUUGAAUUAAGUUUACCCACUGUUAGUUUUCAAUUGGUCUCGAAGCAUAUUUACGAAGUGCUUUACAAUCACAUAAGUAGUGAUCUUCUGCUAUGGGAACCUUCAGCUCCGGCCCCGACGCUCUCAUUCCAAGCGGACAACGUCUUCCCAAUGAUGAACUAUGAGUUGCCAGAGACAUUUGCCAUUUGUAAAAGCGGAAUCAAAUACUGUUCAGACACAGAAUCGGACAACGAUGAUGAAGACGAUAGCAUGUUCCAUUCGGUGUACACAGAUAAGUUACAUCAAAGGAAACAACUGAGUACCAAACCGAAGGGUCAGAGUUAUUUAACCCUAAAUUUGCAUAUAGGACAAGGGUUGGUGUGCAUGAAUCCGCCUAUGCGAGAUUCCGCUGGAAAUGUAAUACCCGAGCAGAACGGCGAAUUUGCUUUGGCCGUUGAUGAUGUCAGCAUUUUCAGCGUGACCGGGUAUAAAGGAGAUGAAAAUCUCGGUUAUGUGUGCAUCCAAGCGAAAGGUGCUCAAUUGCACCACUGUGAUAUGUGUACUAGUCCAAGCUUUACACCGCCCUUAAGGGAUAUUAAUUCAAUGAUGCCGAGGCAUUUGCACUCGACUAUUUACAAAUCGGAACCAGGGAUGUUGGUUUCAGCGAGGGAUAGGGGAGGAGACAGAGAAAUGCUAUCUGUAGCAGUUAAGAUUCAGGCCAAUCACGAAACUCAUCACGUUAAGACUGUUUGCGUUGCCGUUGGCAUCAGCAAAGGGACUCUUCGACAUCGUAUGUGUUCAGAACCGAACAGUUGGAUCACGCAACUCGUGGACUUCUUUAAUGUUAACGAUUAUACAAUACCAGGAUUCCACGCCAAAGAUGUCCUCACCGAGUUGCACCUGCAUUUGUGGGAUUGUGCCAUAGACUAUAGGCCGUUUAACCUGCCACUACGCUCAGUAGUUACGUUGGGGACAUUCAGCAUGUCCUCGCAUUUAACCGCCACCGCCAAUACCUCAACAUUACGCUUCAUUGCCGAGGAGUGCGCUUUGUUCUUGAGCGAAAAGGAACCGCCGAGGAAUGGCUAUCCGUCCAACGGCUACGUAGAUCUGCUGAACGACUAUGUAGCUGUAGUGGAUCUGGGCCUGUUCGAGCUAAGCAUCCGUACAAACGAUAAAGUCAGCGGCAUAAAUCCGCAUUUUGAUCUCAGGGCCUCUAAUAAUAUUAUAAAUAUUCGUACGUGCGCGGACAGCGGAAGGGCUUUAAUGCAGCUAAUCACAUACUUUGCCAAUGAUGGUGAUCUGGCGUUACCCGAGGCUGGUUCCACCCCAACGAGUACUUUUACAAGUCCUAGGCAUAAUUCCGAACCUGAGUUGGUCAGUCUCGAUCCCCAACAUAUCAGUAAUUUAUCAAACAGUCAACACCAGGAAAUCACAGACAUGUUGGACGAUGCAAUGGAGGAGAUCGUUACCGUCGAAGUCGAAGGAAGACAUGAGUAUGACACUCUCGGCGCUAGGAUAUUCUUCUUCCCUGAUGAGACUAAAACUGGGUCAGAACAACCUGAAGCGGAACCGGAACAAGCGCCGGCACCGGGACCAGCGCCGGUACCGGGACCAGCGCCGAGACCUGGACCAUCACCCAGGCCUGGGCCAUCAUCGAGACCUGGACCGUCACCCAGACCUGGACCGUCACCCAGACCUGGGCCAUCAUCGAGACCUGGACCAUCAUCGAGAGCUGGACCAUCAUCGAGAGCUGGACCAUCAUCGAGAGCUGGACCAUCAUCGAGAGCUGGUCCAUCAUCGAGAGCUGGACCAUCAUCGAGACCUGGACCAUCAUCGAGAGCUGGUCCAUCAUCGAGAUCUGGACCAGCACCCCCUGCUCAAGUUACCGCUGAAUUAGGUGAUGUCGCCAACAGAUUAAAUUGGAGCAGUGACACUGACGAUGAAUUUUGCAUGAUUGGCGAUGAAAGCUGUCCCAGAAAUAGAGUUCCAGAGAUCAAUUGGCUAAGCGAUGAUCCAUUAAGGAUUAUAGACGAUCACUUUGAAAUUCCGAUUGAAAAGGCUGAUGUGUUGAGACCACCCAAACACUUCCCAAUGCCCGUGGAACGUUACACUCUUUGCGAUAUGUCCGUGAUAUGGCAGAUGUACGGCGGCAACGAUUUUAAAAUCAAGAGCGACGAAAAGAAGGAGAGAAAGACUGUCAAUUUUAAGGACACCGCUGUGAGCUAUCCGAAGGACGGUGCCGUCACUUUCGAUAAUUUUAUGCCGGAUAAGAGUACUCCUCAGAAGAAAGUGAGUUGGAUAAUAAAAGGUGGAGUGAAUCGGGAUCACAAUAAGAUCGUCGAACUUAAACUGAGCAAGGUGCGCUUCCAGCACGAAUUGUAUCCAGAAAACACGUUACAAGCAUCCAGGCAAGUGCUGUUCGUGAACGAAUUGGAGAUGCGUGAUCGUCUCUCAACUAGUAGAAUUAAUAAAUUCUUAUAUCAAUAUUCGAGUACGGAUAUGCCAAAGCAGAGCCAUGCACAUAUGAUUGGUGUGAGAGCAUUGCACAUCAGGCCCGAUAUUAAUGUGAAAGUGCAAGAAUGCUCUUUGAAAAUAUCGUUGCUUCCUCUGCGCUUACACAUCGAUCAAGAUACUUUACUAUUCCUGAUCGACUUCUUCAAUAACUUGAGUGCAUCGGAUAGCAGAGCAGAAGAAACUGUUUCCUGUUCCAGGCAGAAUACACCCACGCAUCUACCACCUGUAUUGAUGGUUUCCGCGCAAGAUAAAAAGAAUAUAGUCGAUAAUACUCCUAAGGUUGAUGAAAAUUUGAUGACGCUAAUGGACGAAGCUUGCUGCAGUAGCAGUGUCAUGAUGACUGAAGAGCCAAGGGUUGUGAGUGUGUCUUCGGUUACUCCACAAACAGCACCACCGAUCUACUUCAGGCGUGUUGUUUUCGCAUCUGAUGUUUUGAUCCGAUUGGAUUACCAUGGUAAAAGAUUGGAUAUGACGCACGGUCCUUUAGCUGGUCUAUUAAUGGGCUUGGCACAACUGAACAAGUCCGAAUUAAAGUUGAAAAGGCUGUGCAAUAAUCACGGAAUAUUAGGUUUCGAUAAACUCGUAGCCUAUUUUCUGAAUGAGUGGUUGAAUGAUAUUAAGAAGAAUCAACUGCCAAGUCUGUUGGGCGGAGUUGGUCCAAUAAAUGCGUUAGUGCAAUUUUUCCAAGGUAUUAAGGAUUUGUUCUGGAUGCCGAUUGAGCAAUACCAAAAGGAUGGUCGGAUCGUUCGCGGUUUGCAGAGGGGCGCUAACAGUUUUACCACUUCAACGGCGAUGGCAGCUUUAGAGUUGACUUCCAGAAUUAUCCAUUUGAUCCAGUUAACCGCUGAAACUGCCUAUGAUAUGAUGUCGCCCGGUCCAAGUGUACGAAAGGCAAUCAAACCUAAAGGCAAGAAGAGGAGGUACAAUCAACCGCAGGAUAUCAGGGAAGGUGUGGCCAAUGCUUUCAGCGUAGUCAAAGAAGGUUUGGGCGAAACUGCAGAGAACAUUGUUCGUGUCGCUUCGCACGAACACGAACAGAAGGGCUACAGCGGUGCAGUGGGCGGAGUCUUGAGGCAGUUAGGACCCACUAUUGUUAAACCAAUCAUUUUAGCCACAGAAGCCACCAACAAUGUACUGGGAGGUGUACAAAACCAACUACUACCAGAUGUCAGAAGAGAAGCUGUGGAGAAAUGGAAAGUCGACGGUUAAAUUAGAGGGAAGCAAUUGAAGCGGAAUAUAUCUUAAUUAUAUAAGUUACAUCUUUAUUUUGAUACAGAAAAUUUGAGAACAGAAUAAUAUUAUAAAUAAAAUAAUAGGUUUUUAAGAGAAUUCGGCGAACAAUUUGCGAAACGGAA